AUUGCCUUCGCGUCCAUAGAGGCGAGCGUGAGCACUCUCAGGGGCUUCAAGCAGUACAGCUCAGUCCUGUACUUACAGAGGGUGGUAGUGGCGAGCUCGGAGGAGGAGAGGGAGGGGCACAGGGGCCAGGAGGAGGCACUCGAUACCUUCGCGGACUAUUUUAGUGGUGCAAUAAUUGGUUCCGAGUGUCUAUCUUUUGUCCUUGGAGCAUACGGGAUUCUGAGGAUGUUCACGGGCUACAGGACUACCAUGUACAGGUUGUACCGGGGAGAGAUGAAAGCAUUCACACAAGGCAUGAGUAAUACGGCUCUUCUGGUGAGCUGCCUGAAGUACUCAGGCUUCCAGGUGGCGUCCAUUGCCUGGGGCUUCUUUGUCCAGUCCUUGUUCUUUGUGGCGGUCUUUGGGCUGAUCUCGCUGGCCAUUGGCGGUUAUAGUGACUGGAUCGUGGACCUCUUCCUGCAGCUGUGGCCCAUCCCACUAUGGACACUGAUCAUCUACGUUCUGCAGUUUUUCCUGUCGAAAUUUUUCUUUCUGCAAGACAGGGGAGACUUCUUGGCCUUUGAUAAUAGGAGAGCUCUAUUUCUCUUCAGCUACUUCGUGUUCUUCUUCAACAUCUUCCUGGGCCUGUUCUCCACGGUCCUCCGACUCCUCAAAGGAAUGGUCAUCGGCGUCCUCACAGUUCCUCGCCUUGACCACAGCACGCUGCCCUUGGCCUUCGUUCACUGGGACCGCGGCUACAAAGCUUACAUCGGCUUCAUGCAGGUGGAAUGUUCCCAGACUCACCCGGUCAUGGUCUCCUUUAUCCGGCUGCUCAUCUUGUUGUCUCGGGAAAGGAAAAACCUCGAGAGGAGGUCAGGGGAGGUCAGCAAGGCCAGAGGUCAUAGGUCCCUCCCAGAGCUCAGAGACAGAGAAAAGUCGAGGAAACAGCACGCUGCAGUCUUCCACUGGCACGUGACCUACACACUCAUCAACAACCCUGACCUUCGCGUGGAGCGCAGGGGAUACUUCCAGACGGUGAAAAAAGCGCGCCAACUUGGCGUCCGGAUCCCCACUGGUGACGUCAUCAACGUGCCCGACUCGGACCUGCUCCGCGAAGCCAAGUUGGAGCACAAACGGGCGCGAAGAGGGCUGCUCUCUCGGGUAGCAGACAGGCUUGUCGCGGUCAGGCUGAUACUGAAAAAGAACUCUCAGGAUGGGACGGCGCAUAAGCGUGAUGGGUCGGGGUUCGAGACCCAGACUGGAACUGGGGAGGGAGCGAGGGGAGAGAUAGAUGAGAUAGAGAUAGAAAUAGAAGGAGGGGGUAGUGAUAGAUGAGAUAGAGAUAGAGAUAUAGGA